AUGCUCUCCACUCUUCUUGUCGUCGGCGACUUUGCCAUCGUUUACACAAUCGGCAUCAUGUGCCAUCUUUUCGAACUAUUUCUGUACCUUGUCACAGGCGAGACAACCCUACCUCAAAGGGACAGCAGCAGCGGAUUUGAAAGCAGCAGCAACAACGGCAGCAACAGCAGGAGCGCCAGCAACAUCAACAUGGCAGCCAACAGCAAGCGCGGCAUCUUCAGCAGCAGUGCCCUCAUCCGCACCAUCAAGAUCAGCCGUGGCGGUUGA